UGGCAAGGUAUAAAGUUCCUGGGGGAAGGUUUCAGUGCCAGGGUAGGACUAUGGGAGUACAGUGAUCCCGAUCCCAACGCCGAUGUACCUGGAGGCUUUCGUCAAAUUGCUGUAAAAGAACUAAAGACGACCCUAAGAAACCCAUCUUUUUACGAUCUACAUCGAGAAGCUGAUACCCUUACGAAACUCAGACAGAGCGGCUCUCCGCAUAUCGUACAUUUACUCCACAAUCCAGGACCCGUCGGAGCAAACGAAACCCUCCCACUGGGGCGGUGGGAUAACGUGGUUCGGCGAAUCUUCCUUGAGUACUGCUCUCUGGGGUCUUUAUAUGACCUUCUUGAUAGACGCAUUAAACUGCAAGCAAGCCAUUCCCUCAUUGAGUUAACCAUCUGGAGAUUAUUUGACUGUCUCCUUGACGGGAUAAGCGUUUUGGACUACGGCAACGAGCUUGUACCAGACGGGGUCACAAACGAGUUCUACACCCCACAAUUGAGGUCCAAAGAAGAAAUUGUUCACUUUGAUCUAAAGCCGGCCAACAGU